AAUCAGGCUUGCCGGCGUUCCCCACAAGCCCAACAAAAUAUAACCGUCAAGCUAACCUCGCCCCACGUCGCCGGCGAAAAAGAUAACUGAAUCCCCCAACCGCCCAAUUUCAAACCGGCGCUCUGUUCUCCUAAUUUUGCUUUCUCCGCUGCAAUAAAAUCCCAUUAGCAGCAAAGCAAAUUCUUCACUUCCAACCAAAACAGGAAAGAUCGAGCACGAAAAUGGCAGCUUCAGUUAUCCUCUUCUACCGCCUCUUCGCCGUUCUCAUCUCCAUCUUCUUCCUCUUCUCUACCCUCUCCACCACCCCUGUUUCUUCUCUGCAGUUUCAAGUCGGCGGCAGCAGAGGCUGGGCGGAACCACCCGCCGACGGCGACAACUACUACGACCAAUGGGCUACAAACAACAGGUUUCACGUCGGCGACUGGCUCAAUUUCAUUUACAGGGGUAAUGAAUCCGACUCGGUGCUGCUAGUGAACUCGACCGCCUACACCAACUGCAUUGUUUCCGACCCAAUUCUCCAACUGAACGGCGGCGGAGGAAAUGCCACAUUCCAGUUUGAUCGCCCGGGGCUGUUCUACUUCAUCAGCGGCAAGGCCGGAAGCUGCAUUGCCGGCCAGAAGCUAGUGGUUCGAGUCAUGGCAGAGAAGGAAAAGGACGAAGGAGCACACCACGAUCAGGAUUACGGGCCGAGCCCAGCGCCAGGUGUGAACAACAACAGCGAUCUAGUCUGGGACUGGCCGCCGGCCGUGAAUUCCACCGUCAAGAUGACCAUUGCCUCUUACUUCAUCACUGCCCUCGCUGGCGUCCUAGUUAUUCUCUACUUGCUGAUGUAGUAGCAAUUAAUUAGUAGCUGUCUCUUUCACUGAUUACCUGUUCAACUGCGUCAAGAUCCACACUUGAACAGUCUGGAUUCAUCAUAUGCUUGUUCAUAUAUCAUUAUCAGCAAA